GCGUUGGCAGUGGCAUAGUAAGCAUUGCAGGACUGACACGUCUUGUCGGCCUACCUCAGCUACAGGCGAUUGGUACGUCAACACCAGGUCAAGCUUUCAGCAGUAUUUCUGGGGCUGCGGUCUGGUCGUUCGAUGGCUGCUGCGAUCUAGCCGCAGCAGCAUGUCUUGGGGUACCUGGACUUUUCGGCGCAUUCUUUGGCCUUAAUGUGGCAAGCAAGCUGCCCGAGUCCAAACUACGGCUUGGAUUUGCAGGUAUGCUUUGCCUUGUCAUUGCUCCGCUCGCAGCACGAUCUGCUUACAUGGGCAGCGGAUCUAGCAAUGCUGACAAAGGAACAGCAGCAGGCGAAGGUCAAAGCUGUAAGGCCCCGCGAUCCUUCAUGUCCAGAUUUAGGGAUGAUGUUGCAGCACUGGCAAAUGAUCCGUCGCGUGCUGCUUGCCACUGCGUUGUCGGCGCUGGAAUUGGUGUUCUAACGGGAUCGCUCGCUGUGGGCGACACAAUGCUGAUGAUUCUUUACUUGAUUGCUUCGGGGUGCGAACAGCGGCUGGCUGUGGGCACCACACUGCUGGCGUGCAGUUUGCCUUAUUUGCUUACAGUGGUGGUACAUCUAGGACGUGGAAGCGCAGUACCUGUUCUCAUUCCGGCCUCCAUGUUCAGUAUGUGCAUCGGCAGCUGCCUGGGGGCGCAGGUGUCCUGCCACUCCCUCAGCAAUGAACAGCUGCAGAUCGGACUUGCUGGUGGUGCUUUGAUGGUCGGUUUACUGACGGCACGAGACGUCCUUAGAACAUUGUAG